CCAGACCGGGAUGAGCGACGUGUGGGUCUCCCUGGCGGUGCUGGCAGUCGCGGUGCUCCUCAGCGAGAUCGCCCGCCAGGCGGCCACCCGCGUGCUCCGCGGUACCUCCGGAGCUCUGGCCGCGGAGGUGGCGUCCACCUUCCAGCUCUGCUGCUGCUCGCAUGAGCUCAAGCUGCUCGGGGACACCGCGCGGCUGGAGCCGGCGGUCGGCCUGACGCUUUGCUAUGCCAUCACCGUCGUCCACCUGCUGUCUUUCCGGGGAGCUUCGUGUAAUCCAUGCGGCAUCUUGGAGCGCGUUUGCCGCGGGAGCCGCAGCGUCAGAGCGGCUCUGGCGUUAAUCGCCGGACAGUUCGGCGCCGCGUUGGCCGCGCGGUACGCCGCCGCAGCGGUGUGGUCGCAGGGUCUCUCGGAGAUCCACGUUCGGCACCGGCGCUUUGACUUCAGAUGCUUUGACCCGCUGGGGGGCACCGUUGUGGAAGCCGCUGCCGUGGAGCUGGGCUGCGCCUUCGCCGUCCAGGCGGUGUCUCUGCAUGUUCACAAAGUGGACGAGAAGCUCCGAGUCCCUGUCUUUGCGGCCGUCAUUACCGCACUGGUGUAUGCAGGUGGAAGCAUCUCCGGGGCCUUCUUUAACCCCGUCCUGGCCUUCUCCAUCCAGUUCCCCUGCAGUGGGCACACCUACCUGGAGUACUGCUUCAUUUACUGGCUGGGGCCGGCCUUAGGCAUCGUGAGCUGCAUCCUGCUGUUUGAGAGGAUCCUCCCGUUCCUGUCGGGGAACAGCGCAACGGGCCGGCGCGUUCCCGACGCUGUCGUUCACAAGCACAAGAGCCAGUAGUGUUGUUGGACAGGUUUACCUUGCUCAAGCAUUCAGUCGGGGUUUGAGGUAUUCAACUUAACAUAAAAAAUAUUUAAACGCAGUUUAGUCGGAAAGUAAACACUGCAAAGCACAUAAUGGAUAAGUGCUAGCCAUGCUAGUUUUCUUCAUCUUGCAAUACUGCUUGGUGCCCUCUAGAGGCAAUAGUGAGCGGCUGCAGUAGCAGAGUUUGUGGACUGUUUGAAUACUGCUCCUCUCAACUCGUAUGGACGAAAUGCAAAGCAUCAUUGAAUCACUCUCAAAUGCUACCUGGAAACGGUAUGUUUCAUGUUCAUUAACGUGAUUACGUAUUACGUAUUUGUUCUGCUGAAAACAUGCCAAAACUGUGAAUCGUUUAGUUGUUAGUUUACUCUUAUGACACAUACGAUUUCUUAACCUUUUUUUUGGAAAAAGUUGCUAAUUUAGCAUCACAAUUUUUACUGUGAAUGUAUAUUUUUUAAAACGUUUACAGAGAGCCUUAAUUUUCUGUCGUCAUUACGUCUUAACCUUGUAGUCAUGUUAAUUGGCAACGCUGUCGCACAUACGGGAACGCGAGAUCAAUAACACGUAUACAGUCGUCCAUCACGGUUCAAACAUUGCUCCAUCACGCCAUCUAAUCAAUGAAUUCAUGAAUGACUGCUGUUUCUCGGUUGACUAUGGACUAUUCAUUCAUUCAUUCAUUUUCUACCGCUUUUCCUCACGAGGGUCGCGGGGGGUGCUGGAGCCUAUCCAAGCUGUCUUCGGGCGUAAGGCGGGGUACACCCUGGACUGGUCGCCAGCCAGUCACAGGGCACAUAUAGACAAACAACCAUUCACACUCACAUUCAUACCUAUGGACAAUUUGGAGUGGCCAAUUAACCUAGCAUGUUUUUGGAAUGUGGGAGGAAACCGGAGUACCCGGAGAAAACCCACGCAUGCACGGGGAGAACAUGCAAACUCCACACAGAGAUGCCCGAGGGUGGAAUUGAACCCUGGUCUCCUAGCGCUAACCCCUAGACCACCAUGCCGCCCACUAUGGACUAUUAUUAGUCCAAAAAUAUUGAAAGACAAGUUAUAUGUAGUACUCUGGUCAGUUGUCAGUUUCUCAAUAGUAUUUCAAAUCGGGGGGGUGUGGGGGUGCGAAACCAUUUCUGUCCCCCAGUCGGAGCAUGACAGAAAAUAAUCGGGAACCAAUGCAUUACCUGGAGUCAGCCAUGGCAUGUCCGACACGAUAGAGUAAAAAAGCUCUCCCAUUCCGUGUGGAAGUGGUAAGGUUUUGGCUUAUUUUGUCCUUCUUCCCCAUUCCGCUUCAAACCCUUUCUCAAGUUUAUAUAAAUUGGAAGCUAAUUAGCUCGCUCAGUAGCAUGCUAUGUUUAGGUUGUGUCCCUGCAGUGAUCCCAAUAGCUUGCACAUUACAGUUGAGCAGUGUGGUGUAAUUAUAGGCGUGUAAAGGUGACUAUAGGGGUGUUAUUUCAUGUCUACAGGAGGCUAAUAAUGGUAAAUAUCAUAUUUAGAAAGUCAUAAACAGAUUUUCUGUGCUCUAACUGGGAAAAUAUUCAAUUUAUUAAUAUUGAAUCUUGAACUUUGGGGAAAUUCACUUAUUGUGUUUGGGUCUGGAAUCCCUUAACUGCGAUAAAUGAGGGACAGCUAAUGCUAGUUUUUUAGGUUGGAUGAACACCUAACAACACGCUUUGAGCACAAAGAAAGGGUGAAAAAAAACCAUUUCAGACUUUACAACAUUUAAGUAGCAUUCAAAGUGAAGGCGCAGGCUGAAAUACGAUGGAAUCCCUUUCACGAACUCGGGAAUCGUAAAACGUUGGUUGAAUAAGGUUAAGUUUAACUUUUAGUUGUAGGAAUAAGUCAAAUAUCUGUGGCUAAUUACCUUGUACUGUUGGAGUCGGUCACGUCCUUUGUUGAUUUUAUUGCUAAUUUGUGGUUUUUAAGGGCUUGCCUAUGCAUCGGUUAGCAUCUGCCCCAGUUAGCAAAUGUAUGCCAUCAUUUUGCCUCAGCUCUCUGUGCCUGUCCACAUGGGAACAUUUUCAGGUGGAAAGUAUUUGGUCUUUUUAGCCUUUCAUCCACAUGGGAACGAUAUUCUGGGUGCCCUGCAACGGCAUGCAACAUUGCCAUAUCGCUUCUGUGCGGCUCAGCAAAUCACAAUUUAAAAAAAAAAAAAUUUUUUUGUACUAGACUUCGAAGCUAACGCCCUGGGUUCAAAUCCCCACUAGUAUCCAUCAUUGGUAUUCGUCAGGAAGGGCAUCCGGAAUAUAAAGUGCUCAAGCCAAAAUCAGUAUGCGGGUCAAAAAAUCCGCUGUGGCGACUCGGAAAUCAGGAAAGGAGUAAUUCCACUUCGUCGUAAGGCUCAACAAGCUGGAAAAGUGAAAUACGAUGGACUUAAUGUGCAUGUGUUUUUCUUCUUCUAUUGUUUUGUUGUGGCGUGGUUCUGUGUGCCCCGUAGGUAGGUGGGGUUUGUGUAAUACAAUGUAGGUGCCAUUUUUUUCAGUCCGCCAAAAAAAUAAAUCCCAGGAGCAUUCCCAUGUGGACAGGGUCUCAGUGAAAACUGCUUUAAAAAAUAGUUUGUCGCGGAAUACCAUAUUUUGUAAUGUGAUCAAGUAAAAUAGUCAUUUUUCAUGUGUGUGGUGAAUCAUGUUAUGGUUUUGUCAUCGAUCACGUAUUUCAUCACGUAAUGCUAACCCAUUCUUCAGGGUGAAUUUCACGAAUUAAGGAAACUCCAAAAACAGAAAACGUAAAAAAAAAAAAAAUCAUAAUAAUCGUAAAUCGUAAAAUAAUCGUUUUUGUCACUAAUCACAACUAUUGAGUAUUUUAUUGUCCUUAAGGGUAAAUUCAUGAAAGCGCUUGCCUAUGCAUCAGUUGGCAUCCGCCCCAGUUAGCAGGUUUUUCAUUUAACGUUGAAAAUUUACGCCAUAACUUUGUGCCCCAGUUUGUGUACAUUUUCCGGUUUGCAUACAAUAUGACGUGCGUCUUGUCAAGUUAUUAAUACUCUGCUAUGAGUCCAACUGUGUUCUUCAUGUAACGCCAUGUUAGCACCCUUAGCUUGCUAACAAAAUGGCAACCGGGUCCGGAAGUCAGCUAUGUCGGCCUCUGUGUCAUUAGUGGGUGACUCUCAAAAAAUGUAUUUAUAUUUUUACUCACAUUUUGUAUUUGCUGAACAUUUGGGGGCAAGUUUAAAAGCUAAUAAUAAAGAAAAAUAGUAAUACAAAAAUAAGCUUGGAUGAUUGUAUUAUUUUAAAUUAUGGCCAAUAGUUCCAAAAUCAAUAUCUUUUUACAUAAAAUUUUAUGUAAUUAUCGUUGUCGAUAUUAUCGAAUCAUUUACCACAAAGAGAAUUCCUCUACCUAUUAUAAAAAUAAAAAUGUAUUUCUAUCUGCGAUUAAUGCGAUUAAUUGUGAAUCAACUAUGGAUGAAAUGCAAUUAAUUCCAAUCAAAGUUUUGAAGCGAUUAACAGCCCUAAUUUUUAUACUUGUUUUAGAAAACAAUUCUGAAUACACAUAAAGGCUACAUUUUCCCAUUUGUAAAUAUCUAAAAUUAAUAUAUAUAAAAACAAGGGAUGUCUGAUAUUGGCUUUUUUGCAUAAAAAACAAUAUGCCCAUAUUGUCCAAGUCUUAUGUCUCCUAUUAUAUCUGCUAUAUUGCAUAAUAGGAGCUUAAAGGUGACUAUAGAGGGAUGGUAUUUCAUGUUUAUGUUGUUACAAUCCAUUUUUGCCAAAGGUCAUUGAUUGACACUUAACUAUGUCCCUUCUGUUAAACUGCUGAAUGUACAUUUUUGGUAGUAACAAAAAUAGCUUUAAAGUUUGUUUACAAUUUCAAAUGAUGCCUCAUACGAGUACGAGCAGCGUUUCAUAAGGAAUGUCUGUACUGAUUGUUGUAAGAUAUUUUUGUAUGAUGUUAUUUAGCAAUAGGACAUAUUUUAAAUAAACUGAAUUUUCAAAAGGUUAA